UCGACCUCCGUGGCCAUGUACGAACUUUCCGCUUUGAAUUUUGAGCUUCGAAUCAAUCACGUAAACAAAAUUUCGUGCCCAUAAUUUAAAGAAUCUAAUUAUCUUGCUAAAUAAUUACGGCCUCCUCAAUAACCUCUUCUCGCGAUUCACCGAAGAUACGUAGUCCAUUAAGAGUUUAAAUAGGCCUUUUUUUGCUGUUCUCCUACUAUAAUGCUCCGAUGUAUUUAUUGGCCUCAUAAAAUUGUGGAUUUGCAAAAUCUGAUCCAGUGGCGAUAUCCAGCAAGUUUGAGCAUUCUGCUGGUAGCCCAGACAAGCCACUGUAUAUCAGCGGACAGCGUGGAGCCCUCUUAGCUGCUCAAUUAGACAGAUCAGGUGGCUUUCGUGAGACCAUGGAGAAUCAGAUUCUAUCUUCUAUGCCAAGUAUGUUGAGAAGCAGCUCGGUAGCCGCCCAAGGAGAUUUAUCUAAAUUCUUCCAGUGCUUGCGUUUUGAUCCCAAGGUGGUUGCUGCUGAUCAUAAGUCUAAUCGUCAAGGAGAUUUUAAACGGUACAUUAUUGUAGCUUUUGGCCUUUCUGCCAGUGAAUCUCCUACCCCAUUUUCAAAAGGCAAGCUCCUUCCUUCUCCUAUUCCAGACGAAAUCAAAGGAGUUAAGGCUGGUCUACGGGAUUGCUCUAUCAAAGCAAGGGAGCGAGUGAAAACUUUCAAUGAAGCCUUAUCAGUAUUCAACAAGUUUUUCCCAAGCAUACCAUCUAAGAAGAGAUCUCGAUCAGAAAGCUUUUCUAAUGACCGGUCUAAUGCCUUGAUAUCUGGUGACCGGUCAGUCUUGAGCCCUUCUAUUGGUAAGAUGGGAAUGCAUAAUAAUUCCAUUGCUGGAGGUCUUGAAUUUGAACAGCAGAAGUCAGAAGAAAGGCCUAAAAGUGCUAUUCCUAAUAAACGUACUCGGACUUCUUUGGUGGAUGUGAAGAUGGAUAUACGGAAUAAUGCUUUAGUCAGGCAGCUUAGUAAUGCAGAUAGAGAUAAGGAAAUGCUCAGGGUUUCGUACGGUGGCUCAGUUCAUGGUGAAGAGCGAACUUUAUCUGGUGGUGCUGAUGGAUGGGAAAAGACAAAGAUGAAGAAAAAGCGUUCUGGGAUAAAAGCUGAUGUAUCUCCAAGUAUUGUAUCAACUAAACUUGAAGGGCUUCGGGAAUCUAAACAGGGAAUUCAACAAAGUGUCGAGAAUAUCUAAA